CCCCGCGCGCGGUCUCUGCCCCUCCCCUUUCUGGCGCCCCCCGCCUCUCCCUGAGGCCGAAAGAGCCAGCAGCCGCUGCUCGAUCGGCCGGGACGGGAUGGGGCGCCUCCAGCAUCACCACCGCUCGCGGUCCGCCUCCUCCUUCGCGCGCUCCUCGGAGGCCACCGCCGCAGAUAUCGACGCGCGCAGCGUUGGUUGCGCCGCCGCCGAUGCCGUCGAGUGCCCGUUCGGACGCGUCGAUGGCCUCGCGCGCGCCGAGAUCCGGGAGGCCGCGUACGAGGUGUUCUUCAUGUCGUGCCGCGCGGCCGGGGGAAGGGGAGGAGGGCUGAACUAUUAUCCGGCCGGCGGGGAGAGCGGAGGGGACGGGUCGCCGACGAUCGGAGCCGGGCCGAGGGGCGGCACUGGGAUGAACGUCGUCAGCAGCAGGGCCAAGCGGGCGCUGGGGCUCAAGGCGCGGAGGUCGUCGCAGCCCACCACCGUGCGGAGCAGCAUGAACGCGUCGUCCGCGCCGGGAUCGCCGGGCAGGAUGCGGGCGGUGAGGGACCAGCAGUCGGCGCCCGGGUCGCCCGGGAGACCGAGGCGGCCGAUGACCUCGGCCGAGAUCAUGCGGCAGCAGAUGCGGGUCACGGAGCAGAGCGACGCACGCCUGCGCAAGACGCUCAUGCGGACCCUCGUCGGACAGGUGGGAAGGAAAGCGGAGACGAUCAUCCUGCCGCUGGAGCUGCUCCGGCAGCUGAAGCUCACCGACUUCGCCGACAGCGGCGAGCACCACCAGUGGCAACGACGGCAGCUCAAGCUCCUCGAGGCGGGCCUCAUCAUCCACUCGUCACUCCCCUUCGACCGUCUCAACGCCCCCGUAAUCCGGUUCCGAGAGAUCAUGCAGGCCGCCGACUCCCGGGCCAUCGACACCGGCAAGGCCUCGGACUCCAUGCGCGCCCUCUGCGAUGCCGUUCUCGCCCUCGCCUGGCGCUCCGCUCCCGGCACCGGCCCCCACGGCGAGGCUGCCUGCCACUGGGCAGACGGAUACCCUCUCAACGUGCUCCUCUACGUCUCGUUGCUCCAGGCCAUCUUUGACCUCAAGGAGGAGACCGUUGUGCUCGAUGAAGUGGAUGAGCUCCUGGAGCUCAUGAAGCGGACAUGGACGACGCUAGGCAUGAACAAGAUGCUGCACAACGUGUGUUUCGCUUGGGUCCUCUUCCAGCAGUACGUGGCCACCGGACAGGUGGAGCCAGACCUCGCCGGUGCAGCGCUGGCAAUGCUCACAGAGGUGGCCGCCGACGCCAAGCAGGAGAACCAUGACCCGGUGUACGCGCGGGUGCUUUCAAGCGCUCUCGGUGCGAUACAUGACUGGUCGGAGAAGCGGCUGCUUGACUACCAUGAGAGGUACGGUAAGGGCAUGGCCAGCACCGGCACCGGGGCCAUGGAGAGUGCUCUGUCAUUGGCACUUUCCACAGGCAAGAUCGUAGCAGAGAAUGUGCCUGGUAUGGGCAUCACUUCGGCGGACAUCGAGCGCGAAGGCAGCGGCGUAGGGAGCUUCGACGGCAAUCGUGUUGAUUACUAUGUGAGGUGCUCCAUGAGAAGUGCAUUCACCAAGAUACUAGAGAACGAGCUCGGGCAAGGAAACAGCGAGAUUAUCGACCGCGAAGGCGAGCCCAGCGAGAUCUUGGCACGGCUUGCCAAGGACACCGAACAGCUCGCGUUGUCCGAGCGCGACAAGUUCAGCCCGGUGCUGAAACGGUGGCACCCAUUCCCGGGUGCGGCCGCCGAGGUCACCCUCCACAGUUGCUACGGCGUCGUGCUAAAGCAGUACCUGGGCAAGGCCACCUGCCUGACCAACGAGCUCGUGCGCGUGCUGCACGCGGCGGGCAGGCUCGAGAAGGCCCUGGUGCAGAUGAUGGCCGAGGACGUGGCGGACAGUGACGACGGCGGCAAGUCGGUGGUGAGGGAGGUGGUCCCCUACGACGUGGAAUCCAUUGUGGCGCGCCUCCUCAAGACCUGGAUCGAGGAGAGGCUUAGGAUUGCCAAGGAAUGCCUCCUGCGAGCAAAAGAUACCGAGAGUUGGAUACCGAAGUCCAAAAGCGAGCCAUAUGCGCGAUCUGCGGUGGACCUGAUGAAACUGGCCAAGACGACCAUCGACGAGUUCUUUGGGAUCCCGGUGAGCGCGAGGGAUGACAUGGUUCAGGACCUCGCCGACAGUCUGGGGGAGAUCUUCCAGGAGUACAUCAACUUCCUCGCGUCCUGCGGCACCAAGCAGAGCUAUCUCCCGUCGCUGCCACCCCUGACGAGGUGCAACCAAGACUCCAGGAUCAUCAGGCUCUGGAGGAGGGCGGCGACGCCGUGCCGAGUCCCCGCGGUGAGCCCGCGAGGCGGCGUGUACCACGGCCAGAGCUUGUCGUCCUCCGGCGGCCACAACCCACGCCCCUCCACCAGCCGCGGCACGCGGCGCCUCUACGUCCGGCUCAACACCCUCCACUACCUGCUCAGCCACAUCCACGCGCUCGACAAGUCGCUCUCCUUCUUCUCACACGGCAGAUGCACCUCACCAACGUCCUGUGCCGCCAAUCGUCGCCUCGCGCCGUCCUCUCAUUUCGACCAUGCCCGCGCCGCGGCUCAGUCCACUAUCGGAAGCGUCGCCGAGGUCGCCGCGUACCGCCUCAUCUUCUUAGACUCGCACCACUCGUUCUACGGCGGUCUCUACGUCGGCGGCGUCACCGACGCCCGCAUCCGCCCCGCGCUCCGCACGCUGAAGCAGAACCUGUCGUUGCUUGUCUCCGUCCUCGUCGACCGUGCGCAGCCGGUGGCCGUGCGGGAGGUGAUGAAGGCUUCGUUCCAGGCGUUCUUGAUCGUCUUGCUCGCCGGCGGCAGCGACAGGAGCUUCACAACGGAGGACCACGCCAUGAUCGAAGAGGACUUCCGGAGCCUGAAGCGCGCCUUCUGCACUCGUGGCGAGGGCCUGGUGGCCGAGGAGGUGGUCGAGGCCGAAGCCCAGGCGGUGGAAGGCGUCGUCGCACUCAUGGGGCAGACGGCGGAGCAACUGGUGGAGGAGUUCGGCAUUGCAACGUGCGAGUCGAGCGGGGCGGGCUCCACCGGACAGAGGUUGCCGAUGCCGCCGACGACCAGGCGGUGGAGCCGCACAGACCCAAGCACCAUCCUCCGCGUGCUAUGCCACCGCGACGAGGACGUCGCCAGCCACUUCUUGAAGCGCGCAUUUCAGCUUCCCAAGAGGCGGUGACUGCUGAGUGCAGGAUCUUUUUAUUCUUGCGGCCAGGGUUAUUGUAACUCUACAUGAACAAGAAGGGAGAGAACCAUAUAUCAAUAGUGUUAUUAGUUUGCCCAAACAAAGACAAUUCAGAAAGGGAAAAGCUAUUGAUGUUUACAAC